AUGGCGAGCCUAUCGGCACCCAAUGCCUACCUGGGCGAGAAGCCUCAAUCGCGUAGAUCUAAGUCGCGUUCCAAGUCGCGGUCUCCAGCACCAAAUGGCCGGAAGCAGCAAAAGAUGCAGCAGCAGAAAGUACAAGGCUACACCUCUGAGGGAGUGCAGGAUCAUGACAUCUUCAACCUCCCCGGCUCCGACUGGUCAUUGCUGGCCAUAUUGACUGCCGUUGCUGCUGUUGUACGGCUCUUCCGUAUUCAACAGCCGACGAGUGUUGUCUUCGAUGAAGUCCACUUCGGUGGGUUUGCGUCGAAAUACAUCAAGGGCAGGUUUUUCAUGGAUGUCCACCCUCCGCUUGCGAAGCUCCUUAUCACACUGGCAGGAUGGUUAGGUGGAUUCGACGGGAACUUCGACUUCAAGGACAUAGGCAAGGACUACCUGGAGCCCAAGGUUCCAUACGUUACCAUGCGCAUGUUGCCCGCCGUCCUUGGUAUUUUGACAAUUCCGACCAUGUUCCUUACUCUGAAGGCUGCGGGCUGCCGUACUACUACUGCAGCUUUGGGCGCUGGCCUUGUCAUCUUUGACAAUGCGCUUGUAACUCAAUCCCGCCUUAUCCUCCUCGACUCACCCCUCAUCAUCUUCACAGCCGUUACCGCACUCGCCUGGACAAGCUUCAUGAACCAGCACGAACAAGGACCUUCGAAAGCCUUCCAGCCAUCCUGGUGGUUCUGGUUGGCUACUACUGGCGUUGGACUCGGCGCAACAGUUAGUGUCAAGUGGGUUGGCCUGUUUACCAUUGCCUGGGUCGGCAGCUUGACGCUCGUGCAGCUCUGGGUCCUUCUUGGGGACACCAAGAACGUCACGCCACGCUUGUGGUUCAAGCACUUCUUCGCCCGCAUGUUCUGCCUGAUUGUCAUUCCCGUCUCGUUCUAUAUGGCCAUGUUCGGAAUCCACUUCAUUUGCCUGGUCAAUCCCGGCGAGGGUGACGGCUUUAUGUCUUCCGAGUUCCAGGCCACGUUGAACUCCAAGGGCAUGCAAGCUGUUCCCGCUGACGUCGCGUACGGAAGUCGCGUCUCUCUACGCCAUUGGAACACUCAGGGUGGUUACCUCCAUUCUCACAGCCACAUGUACCCGACCGGUAGCAAGCAACAGCAGAUUACCCUCUACCCUCACAAGGACGAGAACAACAUCUGGAUUUUGGAGAACCAAACUCUUCCGAUCAUGCCCGAGGACUAUUCUGGACCGAACCUCACAAGCCCGAAGGCCUGGGAUAACGUAGGCCCCACUUACAUUGAGGAUGGUGGUGUCGUCCGUCUCUACCAUAUCACUACUGACCGACGCCUUCAUUCCCACGAUGUCCGCGCACCUGUCACCGAGGCUGACUGGCAGAAUGAAGUUUCUGCAUAUGGUUAUGAAGGCUUUGAGGGUGAUGCGAACGACCUUUUCCGCAUCGAGAUUGUUAAGGGCCACUCCGAUGGAGCGGUGGCUAAGAAGCGCGUCCGCACUAUCCAGACUAAGUUCAGGCUUGUUCACGUCAUGACCGGCUGCGCACUGUUCUCGCACAAGGUCAAGCUUCCUGACUGGGGUUUCGAGCAGCAAGAGGUUACCUGCGCCAGGCAAGGUACCUUGCCCAACAGCAUCUGGUAUAUCGAGGGAAAUGUUCACCCUUUGAUGGUGGAUGGAGAGGUCGAGAAGGUCAACUACCGUAAUCCCGGAUUCUUCGGCAAGUUCUGGGAGCUGCAGAAAGUCAUGUGGAAGACAAACGCCGGCCUUACUGAAUCGCACGCCUGGGAUUCCCGCCCUCCAUCUUGGCCUAUUUUACGCCGCGGUAUUAACUUCUGGGGCAAGCACAACCGUCAGAUCUACCUUUUGGGUAACCCCGUGAUCUGGUGGAGCUCCAGCGCGCUCAUUGCUCUCUACAUCGCUAUCAAGGGUAUCGCCAUUCUUCGCUGGCAGCGCGGCUACCGUGACUACAGCAAUGUCACCUUCAAGCGUUUCGACUACGAGGUUGGCAUGAGCAUUCUCGGAUGGGCUUUCCAUUAUUUCCCAUUCUACCUGAUGGCGCGUCAGCUGUUCUUGCACCACUACCUACCCGCUCUAUACUUCGCUAUCCUGGCUCUUUGCCAGAUCUUCGACUUCGUGAGCUACCGCUUCAGCGUCUUUGGUCUGAGGCAGUACCCUGCGAUCGGCCAAGCAGCAGCUGUCGGUUUUCUAGCUGUCGCCAUCACGGUCUUCACGGUCUACUCCCCAUUGGCGUACGGCAACGCAUGGACCAAGGAUGCGUGCAACAGUGUCAAGCUCUUCGACUCGUGGGACUGGGACUGCAACAACUUCCUCACCUCUUAUGAAGCAUACAACACUAUGCACUCUGAGCCAGUAGCAUCUAUCGCUGUACCUUCUUCAGCACCACCUGCGCCUCCAGGCCCAGCCGCGCCCGAGGUCGUUCCCCAGGUCCAGCAAGAGCAACCUAAGGAACAGCCAAACCAGCAACCGAUCCAGCAAGCAAAGGAACCGAAGCAGGAGGAUGUAAUGUCUGAGCAAGCGGUAGUCUCCCAGCCACCUCAAGAGCCCCCCAAGGAUCUACCUGUUGUGUCGAAAGAAGAGCGCAUCGAGUACCGCGAUGAGAACGGCCGUAUUCUAGACGAUGAUGAGGUAUCAGCACUUGCCGGUAAGGUCAGCUUCAAGACGCGCUACGAGACCCGAACCCGCAUUGUUGAUGGUGAAGGUCACGAAAUCUACGAAGGUCUUGUAGACUCACAUGGCGAUGCGGAAGAGAACGGCGUUGCACCACCCCACCCUGACGCCGAAGGCCGCAAUCCCGAGACGCAGGGACAAGCCGACGCUCCUGAAGCUAGCGAGGCCCCACCAACUGUCGAGGUCGCUGAAGACCAGCGGAAGGAGAAGAGCGUUGAGCAGCAUCACGAGGAGGCUCAGCCAGCCAGCGAGGCCCAGUCGGCAACGCAAAAGGAGGAGUAA